GACUGACAUUAAGAAUGUAGUGGAGAUAAAUAAUAAAGCCUCAUGAAAAGUAAAUAUUCAAGAAAGUACCAAAACAGUUUCCCAUUCACUCAGCAGUUGUCUGCCAGGAACAAGCCAUUCCAGUUGAUGCUUUCAACCAAAUGGGAUGAUUGCUCAAGGAAAAAGAGAAGUUCUUGGCCAAAGUAGUAGUUGUGACAUGCACUCACUCAGUACUUAACGUGUGCAAAGAGGUUUUUCAGGGAAUUGGUAAUAUACAGAUAGGUUGGUCUGCACUUGUUCUACAGUCUGCAACUGUGCCGUCUUUGGCAAAUAACCAGCAUUUAGGGUUUAACAUGCUGUGCUAUUCUAAAUAAAAUACGGUUUGUUUUGAUUAAAUUAUAAAACUGAUGGGUGAACAUUUUCAGAUCUCAUCGCUAUGAUUUUUAUAAACAUUUGAGUUCCUGUCAUGACAUCACAUUGAAAUACACUGAUACAUUAUCAUUUGAAGAUUAAAAAGUGCAGUUUUUUUUGUUAAGCAGACCAGCAGUUUAGUGGAGAAUGAGAUCCAAACAAGUCUCACACACACACACACACACACACACACACACACACAGAGUACCUUUUAUAACUUCCUAGCAAGUGACCAUUCCGUUUCAUUGACUUGUUUUAAGUCAUGCUGGAUCAGAACAUUAGCCAAAUGUAAAAAUGUAAUGAAGUGGAAGAUGCCUACACAGCCUGAUGGAACUUGAUGUUUGAAAGUUUUAUGUGCCUUGUGGUUGUGUUGUUUGUACUUACAUCGUUUGAAAGUGAAGAAUGAUUCACAGUAAUAGUGAAAUCUUAAGUUUCCAUCUUUACACCCAUCAAAAACCCACUAAAAAGCAACUAUAUGGACUUGAAAUUGAUGAUCAAUAUUCAAUAUUUAUAGUUUUAAUAAAGACAAAUAAAAAAAUGUCAACUAUUUUAAUUUGUUAAUGGUGGCAUGUGUGAGUUUGUACAAAACCAAUAAAUGCAAUCCUUUAAUAAAUGUAGUUUAUGACCUUUUAUGUCACUAACUAUUAAACCAACUGCUUUCUAGUGGGUUAGCAAAAUGACUUGAGAGGGAAAAAUGAAACCGGUGAAAAAAAUAGUUGUGUUUGACUCAAACAUUGCUACUGUGGCUAAUGUUCUCAUUAGCUGCACUGCCAUUUUACCCGCUGUUGUGUAGCCACUAAUGGCCAUAGUGUCUAUGAUGGAAGAGAUUGAGGGAGAUUAGUUAGCUUUUGGAAACUGCAGUAGCAGAGUCUUGCAUAGUAGAUUUAUUGCUGGAUAAGGAGCAUUAGGUGGCACAAAAGUGUAUUGUGAUUGCACUUGUUUGCACCAGUAUAACGCUUAUCAUCUUUUAUUUGCAGAUAUAUUUUCACCAGUGUAUGUGCAUGGCAACCACAUAUUGCACAGAGAAAAGAGAUAAUUAAUUGAAAGCUGUUCAUGACUCUCUGGUGGUUUGGCAUUUGGCUGCAUCUGGUGUUCUCUCAGUGGAGGGUGUUGAUGAGGAGUAUUACGAGAGAGCACAUCAACCGUAUCAGACAUGGCACUAAAGGGCUCUCUGUGCUUUAUCCACCUGGUCUUCAUUUGUUGGCAAGGGUUCGCUCCAGUGCUGUGAUGUCGCUGAGUAUUCUGGCUCUCUGUCUGCUGGCUUGUAUUCACUCUGGCAUAAACGCAUACCCAGCCAAGCCGGCCAGUCCCCGGGAAGGCGCACCACCUGAGGAGCUUGCCAAAUAUUAUUCUGCUCUAAGACACUACAUCAAUCUCAUUACAAGACAGAGGUAUGGGAAAAGAGACACCCCAGAUACUAUAUUUUCAGAUGUGUUGGUGAGGGAGAGCACAGAGAGUAUUCCAGAAUCAAACUACGUCAGGUAUGAUGGGCUGCCACUGUGGUGAUGCUGCUGGAGCUCUCAUAUCCAGACUGUCUUUCCCACAAAGCUGCUGCCACGUCUGUUACUGACAUGAAAUGAACUUGUGCUGCAUGGAAUAAACAUUGUGUAAUGCAACUAUUUUAGUCUGUAAUGUUGUUAAAUGGGUCAACAUGUCAAUAACAUGUUGACCCAUUAUCUCACUCUGGCUCAUUUGGAUUGACAUAUACCAAACCAGAUCCAACAAUUGGCUCACCAUUAGGGUUCCUUGCACGCGUUCGGAUCUUGGUAAAACGGCCUUUUUCUUCGAUGCCCUUAGCACAUGGAAUGCUCUGCAACAAACUCCAAGGUUAGAGGUUACUCCCAUCUGCUACUUUGCUCAUGUUUAUUUGUCAUUGCUGUUGUUUUUGUGUAUGACUCUUGAUGUAAACUCGUCGUAAUUGAAAAUGAGGGAAACCUCAAUGCCCUACGAGUAUAAAUAAAGGUUAAAUAAAAAUAAAA